AACGGGUCACUCUGAUUCCCCUUUAACAAAUACAACGAAUUAAUACAAUUACUGACUCGAUAGAUCUGAUUACAAGGAGGAGACAAAAGGCUCUAACGCUGGUGUGAGUGAUUUAAACCUUAACGCCGAUAAAGUCAUUAAAUGAAGCCUUCCGUGGGCGUAAUCUGGGCUCCUCUGGCGAUCCAGUGUAGAGAGACGGACAGGUGAGGUAAUGAAAUGUACCUGAUGAUCCCUGUGACUCACACGAAGACAGCGAGGAAAAGUAACGAGAAAAGAAGAGAAAAAUAGCAGCUCGCCCUGACGAUGGAGGACGAGUUGGGAGAGUUUGGGGUGCGAAGGCCAGAAGAAACCCGUCAGAUCAACCUGUUAGACUCCAAAGCAAGCCAAGGGGAGUUAGGAUGGAUUUCCUACCCGUCGCAUGGGUGGAGGGAAAAUUGGGAGGAGAUCAGCGGCGUGGAUGAGCACUACACUCCCAUCAGGACCUUCCAGGUCUGCAACGUGAUGGAGUACAGCCAGAACAACUGGCUUCGCACCAACUGGAUCCCUCGCCAGUCGGCCCAGAAGAUCUACGUGGAGCUGAAGUUCACCCUGAGGGACUGCAACUCCAUCCCGCUGGUGUUGGGCACCUGCAAGGAGACCUUCAACCUCCUCUACCUGGAGACGGACGACGACCAGGGCAGCCACUUCAGGGAGCACCAGUUCUCCAAGAUCGACACCAUCGCCGCCGACGAGAGUUUCACCCAGAUGGACCUCGGGGACCGCAUCCUCAAGCUCAACACCGAGGUGCGCGAGGUGGGCCCCAUGACCAAGAAGGGCUUCUACCUGGCGUUCCAGGACGUGGGCGCCUGUGUAGCUUUGGUGUCGGUGAGGGUUUACUUCAAGAAGUGCCCGUACACUGUGAGGAAUCUGGCGACCUUCCCCGACACGGUGCCCAUGGACUCCCAGUCGCUGGUGGAGGUCAAAGGCUCGUGUGUCAAUCACUCCAAGGAGGAGGAGCCUCCGCGAAUGUACUGCAGCACCGAGGGGGAGUGGCUCGUGCCUAUUGGGAAGUGUCUAUGUAACCCCGGGUACGAGGAGAGAAGCAACACCUGCCAAAUGUGCAGGGCGGGUUUCUACAAGUCCACGCUCGGGAACAUGGAGUGCUCGAAGUGUCCGCCUCACAGCUUCUCCCACCACGAGGGGUCGCUGCACUGUGGCUGCGAGAAAAACUACUUCCGUGCCGAGGGAGACCCCGCCUCCAUGGCCUGUACCCGUCCUCCUUCAGCCCCCCGAAACGUGAUCUCCUCCAUCAACGAGACCUCGGUCAUCCUGGACUGGAGCUGGCCGGAGGACAGCGGCGGGCGCAGGGACAUCACCUUCACCGUCCUCUGCAAGCGCUGCCGCGGGGUCACCGGCAACGGCAGCAGCGGCGGGACCCAGAGUUGCGAGCCUUGCCGGAGCAACGUCCGCUUCCUGCCGAGAUCCGCGGGCCUCCAGAACACCACGGUGACGGUGGCCGACCUGCUGGCCCACACCAACUACACGUUCGAGAUCGAGGCGCAGAACGGCGUGUCGCCGCUGGCGCCCAAGAUGAGGCAGUACGCCGCUGUCACCAUCACCACCAACCAAGCAGCUCCCUCGCCGGUAACAGUGAUCAGAAAGGAGAAGACUUCCCGAAACAGCGUCUCCCUGUCCUGGCAGCAGCCGGAGAGACCCAACGGCAUCAUCCUCGACUACGAGAUCAAAUACUACGAAAAGGAGGAGCAGGAGACCAGUUACACCAUCCUCCGUGCCCGGGGAUGUAACGUGACCCUGAACGGGCUGAAGCCCAACACGGCCUACCUGCUGCAGAUCAGAGCCCGCACCGCUGCCGGAUAUGGAGCCAGCAGCCCCAGUUUCCAGUUUGAGACCAGUCCCGAUUCGGCCUUCUCCAUCUCCAGUGAGAGCAGCCAGGUCGUUCUGAUCGCCAUCUCCUCCGCCGUGGCCAUCAUCCUGCUCACGGUGCUGCUCUACGUCCUGAUUGGCAGGUUUUGUUGCCACAGCAAAUCCAAACAUCCUGAUGAGAAAAGACUGCACUUUGGCAACGGCCACUUGCGUCUGCCGGGCAUCAGGACCUACGUAGACCCCCACACGUACGAGGACCCGAGCCAGGCGGUGCACGAGUUUGCCAAGGAGCUGGACGCCUCCUGCAUCGCCAUCGAUAAAGUGGUGGGAGCAGGUGAGUUCGGUGAGGUGUGCAGCGGUCGCCUGAAGCUUCCCAGCAAGAAGGAGAUCUGUGUGGCCAUCAAGACCCUGAAAGGAGGUUACACAGACAAGCAGAGGCGGGACUUCCUGGCUGAGGCCUCAAUCAUGGGACAGUUCGACCAUCCCAACAUCAUCAGGCUGGAGGGGGUGGUGACGCGCAGCAAACCCGUCAUGAUCGUCACAGAAUACAUGGAGAAUGGAUCCCUGGACAGUUUCCUGAGAAAACAUGAUGCCCAGUUUACAGGCAUCCAGCUGGUUGGCAUGCUGCGUGGCAUUGCCUCAGGCAUGAAGUAUCUGUCAGACAUGGGCUACGUUCACCGAGACCUGGCAGCUCGAAACAUCCUGGUCAACAGCAAUCUGGUGUGUAAAGUGUCAGACUUUGGCCUGUCCCGAGUCCUGGAGGACGACCCGGAGGCUGCUUACACCACCAGGGGAGGUAAGAUCCCCAUCCGGUGGACGGCUCCAGAGGCUAUUGCCUAUAGGAAGUUUACAUCAGCCAGCGAUGCUUGGAGUUAUGGCAUUGUGCUCUGGGAAGUGAUGUCAUAUGGGGAACGGCCAUACUGGGAGAUGUCCAAUCAGGAUGUAAUCAAGGCUGUGGAUGAGGGUUACCGCCUGCCCCCGCCCAUGGACUGCCCCGCCACCCUCUACCAGCUGAUGUUGGACUGCUGGCAGAAAGAGAGGAACAACCGGCCCAAGUUCGAACAGAUUGUCAGCAUCCUGGAUAAACUUAUCCGUAACCCCGGUAGCCUCAAAAUCACAGCCAACACCACGUCCAGGCCGGCCAACUUGUUGUUGGACAGGAGCAGUUCAGAAGUUCCCUCCGUGGGUACGAUGGCUGACUGGAUGGAUGGAAUGAGGACUUUGCCCUGCAAGGAGGCCUUCUCUGGGGUCAGCUAUAGCUCCUGCGACACCCUGGCCAAGACCUCCACAGAGGAUCUGAAAAAAGUUGGAGUGACUAUCGUUGGACCGCAGAAGAAGAUCGUGAGCAGCCUCAAAGCCCUAGAUUCCCACACCAAGAACGGCCCGGUACCUGUUUAAGACAAAUGAACCCUGACGAAUGAGAACACAGGAGACCUGUCUGUCGGUGUGGUUUGCUAAUCACAGUCUAACACGGUGGCUUCGUAUUUCAACAGGAAACGGAUGGAAAAAUAUGAUUAAAACGAGGGCUUCCAUUGUUUUCGGUGAGAGACGAUAUUGCGUCCUGACAGAGGAGGAGCUCGGUGCGGCGCUGCCAGCUGACUCUUCAGCCCUCCGUCCCUUCAUGCCCAAGUUCAGAUGCCUUACAGACAAAAAAGAGGGUAGAAAAAGCGAAAAAGCCAAGGAGGUCAGAGAGACCUGGCCGGAGAGAGAAACUUGGACUGGACUAGGAUACAGGGCAAGGACUGGACUAACAUAAAGCCGGAGCUCUCCAAUGCUGGCUCAGCUGGAUUGCACAGCCUUCCCUUUACGGUUUUGAAAAAAAAAAAAAAAACGAAAAAGGGGGGGACGGGCAUGCUCACAGUCUCCUCCCACCGCGCCUGUGGAACGAGGCGGUGAAACAGCUGAGAUGCCUUGUGUAGAGGAGCACGGCCGACAGCAGCAGCUCGCCCCAGGAUGUGGACCCCUUCCUGGACUAAUGAGGUCUCGAGGCGUGAGAUUUUGUUUGUAACUACCUACAUUUAUCGUCUCUAUCCAUGAAGGAGCCCGUACGGACACACACCUAGACAAUAACCGAGCCGUCUUACUCCGUAGCUCUAACCUAUAGCAUUUGCAUUCGGUAGACAUGUCACAUUGAAAAAAAGAGAAAAAAAAAGCAAUAAUUAUGAUAAUCAGUUCAAUAGUCUCAUCGUAUGGAAGCCAUGAGUCCGCCACGUGUACAACGUAUUGAAUGCCGUGCUUUUCGAAAGGUACUGGGGCCAUAACACACUUCACACACAAGAGUUUUCUUUAUGGUGACAUCUAUGUUCUAUGUGCUUCUGAGCAGAUGUUGUACAGUUCCAGCGCCGUUCCUUCAACCCCGACGCCCCUUUUUUUGUGUGAAAUCUCAGGAUGUACACGUUAAUUGUGCUACUUUCUUCGAACAAGGGGGGAAGAGAGAAACGAGAGAGGGCUGAAGAGCCCAGAGGGGCAAGAAAAAGAGGAAACUGUGAGAAGGAAAUUGGAAAGAGGAAAAAAAAAGAACUUGAAUAAGACGGAGCGGUGUCGUUAAGGCCGCCGGCUUCAGACAAUUCUUGCUGUGUUGCGGAAGUGUUUAAAACUAGAAGUGAGUUUUGUUUUUUUUUUGUUUUUUUACUUGAGUUUUUUUCUUCAGGUAAGAUUGGUCAGCAUCAUCAAACCUGCACAUCAAGUGACACUUCUAAGGAACGGGAUCUGUUUUUCCACGUACGAAACAUUUAAAAAGGUCUGUUUUGCUUUGGACAGAAUAACUUAUUAACAAAAAAUGCUAAUUAGCCAUUAAUCCAUAAAUGCUCGUGUGUUUAAUGCAAAAAGUAGAGUGCCUCCUCUCGUUGGGUUGGAUCGUCGUGGGAUCACUGAGCGAAAAGCUCCAGUUUUGAUUUAUUUGUCUGUUUUUUUGCGGGUGGGGUGGGGGUUUUUAUCACUGCCCUAAACUAACAAGGUGUGAAAAUGCCCUGAAAGAGAUGCAACACUUCCAGAAAAUGACUGCUUUCUGUAUCCUAGUACAUCAUACUGUAUGUCCAGGGUGGGAUUUCCUAAAGGCACCUUAAAAAAAACGGAGAUGAUCUUUGUACUGUGAAGACUUAAAGAUGUUUGACGUCACCCGGCCGAUUCCUUCAGUGCAACAUUUACCCAGUAUUUCUAAACUGGCACUUUGGUACUUUGCGCUGUCGGAUGGGUAAUAUCUUUAAGCUUCUUCAGAGCACUUACCGUAGUACAAAACUAUUUGAGCACUUUGACUGGACGUUUUAUUGCCUUGGCUAAUGGACAAAGGUGAUUUUCGGUGCUUUUGGGAACCCCGGCCCUGUCCAUCGUGUCAGUCGGUCCUCUGUUACUCGGUCUUACCUGUGGAUGCUGCUGUUGCUGCUAUGCGUUUCUAAUUAGCAUGUACAUACUGUAAAACCAUCGUAAUGAUAGCAACUAGCGCUACAGAUCCCACUAUAUGUACAUGGCCAUCCUUCUUUGUACAAAUGUUUGUAUGUAUAAAAGAAUAAAUAAAAAAAAUUGUGCAACAUUUUUAAUUAAAAAAAAGAGACAAAAAUCAUCUGUAUUAUAUUUUAUCUUAUUUUGAAUUAUAUGUCUGCUCUGUUUUUUUUCUUUUCUACAAUAAAAAAGGCAAUUAUGAUUACAUUAUUAUUUAUUUGUUAACAUUAUACAGCGCAAUGAUGAUGUUUUUUUUGUUUGUUUUUUCUGUAGCAUACAGUAAAUUAUGUGUCAGUGCUAUCUGUGUUUUUGGUUUUUUGACUUACUUUAUAAACCUGGGACAUCUGAGAGAGCAAUACUGUUAUGCCCCCUAUCCCUCAUCUUCUGUCUCAAGACUGACCCGUGUGUCUGUGUGAGAGUUUACGUGUGCAAAUGUAGAUGGCCUUGUCUACUAAUGUAAAAUGAUUUGUAGUGGAAACAUUUAUAUUUUUAUAAUAAAUAUUGGCAAAAUAUUUUCCAAAAAAUGGACAAUGA